GUCUGACACCCAUGUCAUUGCCAGUCACGCAUCAUUGAUUUUGAUCACAAUUUACAUUUUGAUGUAGUAUGGACUAAAGUUAAACAAUUUGAUUAAUUUCUUUAUUUAUAAUAAUUUUAAUUCCUAGGCAAACUGCUCUUCAUCCCACAACAGAAUGGCGGAUCGACUGACACAAUUACAAGAUACCAUAAAUCAGCAAGCUGAGCAUUUCUGCAACAGUAUCGGUAUAUUGCAACAAUUUUCUACACCGAGCAAGUUUCCUGGGUUCGAUCGCAGUGGCUCUCAAACACCGCAACAGCAACAAAACCAAGAGGACUAUGCUAUGUUAUUUGCAACAUUAAUUUCCCGCUGUGCUAAGGACAUUGAUACACUAAUUGAAUCCUUGCCAAGUGAAGAAAGUUCAACAGAACUUCAAGUACAAAGCUUAAGGCGCUUAGAAGCUGAAAAUAAGGAGGCUGCUGAGCAGUUAGAAGAAGUUGUACGCCAGGGUGAGAUACUGCUUGAAAAAAUCCAAGGUGCUCUCAGUGAUAUUGCACAGUCUCAGCUCGAUAUGCAGAACCCAAUACUCAUCCUCAAUAAAGAUAUCAAACCACAGUUAUAGGAUCUGAGGAGGCCCGGCGGUUACCUACGUCGGUGAUCAUUUUGGUAUAGGAUAAAAUAAUAUGUACACGGAAUAAUCACUAUGUAAUACUUAAACCCAAAAUAAUGGUUAAAAAGUACAUAAUAUUGAAUUUGUUACUUUUUAAUGUUGUACUUAAACAUCUGUGAGUCAAAUGGAAAAAUUACUAAUUUAUUCAAAAUGAGGCUAGUUUGACAGUUUAUUGAUUUAAAAGUUGUAUAAUAUUAACAACUUCAAAAAAAUUUUUAACCAUAAAAAUUAUAUUAAAUGUUGCCAUAAUAUCAAAAAGAAAAAUGUUUUACUUAGGUUCAGUGCUGUUAUUUUCUGCAAAUGUUAUAAUUAACUAAAAAAAAUCACUAACUAAUAAACAUUCUUUACCUUUGCAUUCUUAAUAUGAAAUUACUAAAGUCUGGGAGAUUUAAUUAUUUGUUUAACUUUACACUUUUACAAUGUUUAUUACUAAAAUGGUUUAAGUAUAUUUUUGUUAUUACUUGUUUUUUUAGUUUUACAGUUCACACACAUGGUUUGAAGUAAUUCUAUGGAAGUUUAGAAGGAUCUGAAAACUUUAAGUUAAAAAUUUAAAAAGACCCUAUAAAAGUUCCACUAUUGGGUAAAAGCCUCCUAUUAAAGAGAUGAUUUUUCUCCACUUCGGGUUGGUUAUAUAUAAAAGGCAAAAAUCCUCAGUAUAUUUAUAUUAUAUUCAUAUUUCAUCAUAAGGUUUCUGGUAUCACUCAGCAUGACCAUUUGCACAAAUUAAAACUUACAAUAUUCAGUUAUCAAACAUAUUUUCAAUUUAAUGGAUCAUCUCAGCUCUUAAAAAUUAGCAUUGAAAGUAUGUUUCUUGCAAAUAAAAGAUUAGUAAAAUUAACAAUAAAAGAUACUGUUAAUGUUUACAAUUGUUUUAUAUGUUAUGGGUCCAAAAAAAAUCCAUCCUCUCAAACAGAAAUUACCUUUUUGACGACCUCCCUGUUCGAGUAGUGUGUACACCGGUUUUCAUGGAUACGCCACUCCUUGGUCCCGGGUUCGAUUCCGGCCGAGUCGACGUAGAAAAAGUUCAGUAGUUUUGUAUGUUGUCUAGGGUCUGGGUGUAUGUGGUACCGUAGUUACUUUAACACAAGUGUUUUAGCUACUUACAUUGGGAUCAGAGUAAUGUAUGUGAUGUUGUCCAAUAUUUAUUAUUAUCAAAAUCGGUCCAGCUGUUUUGGAAAAGUUCAGUGACAUUCACACAUGCUGAAAAAUUAUAUAUACACAAAAUAAAAUAAAUUAAUAAAAAAAAACAUUAAAUUAACAGCAGUAUUUGAAAACAUUGAAUA